AUGAACCGGAGCGUCUCCGGAACAUCUCUGGCGGGAACCACUCAAUUGGGCCGCCACAGCCAGCUAUUACUCGGACUAGUGCCGACUACGAUAGAAGGAUCCAAGGGCCUGACCGGUGCCUCGUCGGGCAUCGGUAGGGCUGUCGCAUUGUCUUUAGCCAAAGAAGGAUCCCACGUCAUUUGCGCAGACCUCCAGCCAGAGGCGAACCCCCGCGGGUUCGACGCUCGGCUAGAGACAAGUACUACAGAUCUGAUUCUGGAAGGUGGGCGGAGGUCAAUCUUCGUGCGCGUCGACAUUUCGGAUUCAAAGCAGGUAGAAAAUGCAUUCAGCACCGUCAUUAAGGAAUUCGGACGUCUAGAUAUCCUCGUCAACUGUGCCGGGUACUGGGCACCAUUCCGACAGUUCGCCGAGGAGGAUGACGAGCUUUGGUCGAAGAUGUUGGCGGUCAACUCCGCUGGUACGGGUAAGAUGUGUCGUCUCGCUAUCCGCCAGUUCCUCAAGCAGGGGGUCGACCCUUCCUGGGGAAGUCGUGGCCGGAUCGUCAACAUCUCGUCCGCCGCUGGCGUGAUCGCCUUCGCUGGGGAGGUUGCGUACUCCAUCACCAAGGCGUCCGUCAACCAUCUGACUCGUACGGCCGCUCUGGACCAUGCCAAAGAUUCGAUCAAUGUCAACUGUGUCGCUCCUGGCACGGUGGCGACCGGCAUGGCGCGCGGGAAUUUUGAAGACGAGGAUAUCCUUGCAUUGAUGAAACGAGCCACCCCCUGGCCACGUCUGGGCAACACACAGGAUAUAGCCGCCGCUGUGUUAUUCUUUUGCCUCCCGUCUUCGCAGUGGACGACUGGCCAGGUCCUUGCCGUCGAUGGAGGAAUGACUCUGGGUGUCCCCGCCACUUGA